UGCCAGCACAUCGCAUCAACACACGGCGGACUUCGGUUUAUGCUGCUGACGACGACUCCACUCACAUAAAUAGUGGCCGUUCGAGCGUACGGAGGCUUUUCUUUUUGCGGACUAUCGUCGUGUCUGCUCGGUGUGUGUUCCGUGUUUUCUCCCGAUUAGGAAAGGGACUAUUUCCGGAGUUGUGGAGUGUCCAUUCCGUGGUGGUGUUUCAAGAAUAUCGCGUAAGAUUCGUCUUGGUGUCGUCGUGGUGAAGUUUGAAGAGCUGGUUCGAAAUAUUGACACGGUGUCAAAACGGAUUCCGAUUCCGAUUCCAGCUCAAGUUGGUGUAAGUGUUUCAAGGUGCUUCGGUCAAUGAACAACGUGUAAAGGCGCUGCUGCUGUUGGGUUUUACUUCUUUUGUGCCCACGUACAGAAAUAAUAACUCCACAGAAGAGUAAUCAGGUGAAGGUUUCUACGGGUUUUGGAACGAAGAAGCCCUAAUUCUGUCUGAGUAGAAUCGGUUCCGGAUUCGCUCCAGACGUGCUCUCAAGAAGAUAGUGUCGAGUCGGUCCAAGAAGUGGGGAGCUAUUUUGGGAAUAUACCGUACAAAACCGCAUAGAAAGAAACAUCAUUAGCCGUAUAAACACAUCUAUAUUCUUUGCUUCCAUUCGAAUCCAAUGAUAAUCGGUUUGGUGGAAAAGGGAAUCUGUGCUGCUCCUCUUCUGGAAAUUCUGACAAUAAUCGGAACGAAUGAUAGUUGAACGAGGGGUUACCCAUUCCGGCAGAUGAUAAUUCUGUGUGCUAUUUAUUUUCUUUCUCACUAAAACCAACAUUCAGCCAAACUAAAUAAACCAUACAUUGAAACCGAAACAAGAAGAAUUCCGGGAACGGAUAGAGAGCAAAGUGUGGUUCACCUGAGGAAGGAAAUCGUAUUGGUCAAGUGGGACACCCCCUGGGGGGAAGCCGGGAAGGGGUGCUAAUUGGCCGAAGAGUUGGAGAAGAUAUUGGCUCAAAACCAAAAAAGGUGAAAUCUUGUUCUUAUAGGAAAGUGGUUAUCGGUGUUGAUUGCGCAUUAAGCUCAGCUCAGCUCAGUGUUUAAGUGAGAAGAAGGAGGGAAGAAAUCUCUUUGAGGCUUCGAAACGACACGGACAACUGAACACUGACCUACCGGUGGAGCGAGCGAGAGGAAGAGUGGGGCCGCUGUUGAGUUGCGUCCAGUACAAUCAUCGUGUCCGGCGUCGUAGUUUUGUGGUGGUUAUGACGACGAAAGUUAGCCAAAUCAGACCCAUUCAUCGACGCUAAUAGGCUGAAGCAGCGGCAUGUGGCGGAGAAAGCAGCACCAGCGAAAAUUACCGUGAACCCGAGAUUUGCGCACUUUGUGGCGAACCUACCCUUCUUCGAUGACGACCGAUUAAUCCAAGAGCUGUGCGUGCCUUUUCCGAUUAGCGUUACUUACGAUUUUUGUUUUUCCGCCUGGGGAAAAAUCCCAACUGUUAACAACAGGGCAGAGCGUGAAAUAUGCCAACGGGCUACCGGGUACAGACGUUGCAUACCGUUUAUUAAUCGCGUGUGAUAUGUCGGUUCGGUUGCGCGGUGGAAGGGCGGCUCUCCACAACCUUGGUUAUCUUCUGUUGUUUUAGGUUUUUGUUAUAAGUCAGUUGUGGAUUGUGUUGUUUCUUGGAAAAGUUGCCGUUGGUCGAAGCGUAAAUAAUUUAUAGUUGCAAAACAGCGACGGCGACACUGUUUAAGCAAAAUUCCGUUCCUGUUUAGGAUAGAGUGUCUGUCUGUCCGUCAGUCUGUAACGCGUAUGUGUGAAUGUGUAUGUAACGACAGACGGUGCUGACGAAGAGAGUGGUGUAGCGGUGCGAUGUGUUAAUGAAAUUCAAUUCCUAUUUAUCGUCGGUGGCCGGAAGCGUUCCGGUGUGCUGCAGCAGUUAACAACACGCGGUAGUAAUUCGUCCGCACCACCAGCAGAAAGUGCACGCGGCGCCGGGCGAUAACAGUAGUGAGUAAGUGAGUGAGUGCAUUAUUCUGCCGGGUGGAAGUGAAUGUGAAGAAUUUCAACCAUCCCCCGGAGAUAUCCCGGCGCGCAAAAUAUCCAAACGCCUCCGGUAGUAGAGUGUUUAUAACUCUAUCAUCGAAAAUCCAAUCCAUUGGUCCCUAGUAGUGUGUAAAAUGACCACCAUCAACUACUCCAGAAUGUUCCGGGGCAAGAUUCGUACCAACACAUGCCGGAUUGUGCUGCUCACGUCGUUGGUGUGGUUGCUGAUCGAUGUUGUUCUGAUAAUGAACUACGCUGACUGUCUCGGUGGUUCCACGUGGCUCUGCAAGCGGGCGGGCGAGUACGAUGUAGAGCUCCCACACAGUGCACAGCAGCAGCGACAGGAUCAGCCACAUUCGGCCGGAAAAGUUGCUGGGGCCGCCGAGGACGAUGAUCCCAUAGUGGACGAGGAGGAGAUUGAUACCAACUCGAACAACCUGGGCGCCGGAGAGCAGGGUUUCGACAGUUCGAUGCCCCGAACGUAUCGGCCGCAGGAGCUGAAAAAGUGGCGUCCAGCGCCGCAUGUGGGCGAAAACUACGGGAAACCCGGCGAGCUCGGCAAACCGGUGAAAAUCCCCUCCAGCCAGCAGGAGCUAAUGAAGGAGAAGUUCAAGGAGAAUCAAUUCAACCUGCUGGCCAGCGACAUGAUCUGGCUGAAUCGGUCCCUGACGGACGUGCGGCAUCACGACUGCAAGAAAAAGCACUACCCCACCAAGCUGCCGACCACCUCGAUAGUGAUUGUGUUCCACAACGAAGCCUGGAGCACGCUGCUGCGCACGAUAUGGAGCGUCAUCAACCGGUCGCCCCGGCCGCUGCUGAAGGAAAUCAUCCUGGUGGACGAUGCCAGCGAGCGGGACCACCUUGGCCAACAGCUGGAGGACUACGUCCAGACGCUGCCCGUGCACACGUACGUGCUGAGAACUGGAAAACGGUCCGGACUGAUCCGGGCUAGGCUGCUCGGGGCCAAGCACGUAAAGGGUCAAGUGAUAACCUUCCUGGACGCGCACUGUGAGUGCACCGAGGGCUGGCUGGAACCGCUUCUGGCACGCAUCGUGCUGGAUCGCAAGACUGUCGUAUGUCCCAUCAUCGAUGUGAUAUCGGACGAAACGUUCGAGUAUGUGACCGCUUCCGACCAGACGUGGGGAGGCUUCAACUGGAAGCUCAACUUCCGGUGGUAUCGAGUACCAGCUCGUGAAAUGCAACGGCGGAAUCACGAUCGCACUGCCCCACUCCGAACGCCAACCAUGGCCGGUGGCUUGUUCUCGAUCGACCGAGACUAUUUCUACGAGAUAGGUUCGUAUGAUGAAGGCAUGGACAUCUGGGGCGGAGAGAAUCUAGAAAUGUCCUUCCGGGUGUGGAUGUGCGGGGGUACGCUGGAAAUUGCGCCCUGUUCACGGGUUGGCCACGUUUUCCGCAAAUCGACGCCAUACUCCUUCCCCGGCGGGACAUCGCAGAUCGUUAACAAGAAUAACGCCCGUCUGGCCGAGGUCUGGCUGGACGGUUGGAGUGAAUUUUACUACAAUAUUAACCCAGGAGCUCGCAAGGCUUCCGCAGGCGACGUCAGCGAACGGAAGGAACUUCGCGAGAGACUGAAGUGCAAGAGCUUCCGCUGGUACCUGGAGAACAUCUACCCCGAGAGUCAAAUGCCACUGGAUUACUACUUCCUGGGCGAGAUUCGAAACGUGGAAACGGGCAACUGUCUCGAUACGAUGGGACGCAAAUCAAACGAGAAGAUCGGCAGCAGCUACUGUCACGGGCUCGGAGGCAACCAGGUGUUUGCCUACACCAAACGGCACCAGGUGAUGUCCGACGAUAACUGUUUGGACGCGUCGAAUGCCCUGGGGCCGGUCAAUCUGGUCCGGUGCCACGGGAUGGGUGGCAAUCAGGAGUGGGUGUACGACGAAGAGGACAAGACUAUCAAACACGUCAACAGUGGCAACUGCCUGACGCGGCCAACGCAGGACGACCCGUCCACGCCGCUCCUGCGACCAUGCAAAUACACCAAGGGCCAGCAGUGGCUCAUGCAGUCCAAGUUCAAGUGGCAAGCGCAACACGACAAUCGAAUCAGCGACGACAGAUAAAACCGACCAGGUCCCCAGGGAUCAAUAACGGUUCCGACGUCACGACCGCCAUUAUCAACAUCAUCAUCAUUAUCAACAACAGAAGCACACGGGGACACUCAUCACUAUGUCCCGUUACUACGCAAGCAACCAACAGCAAAGGGAUUGAAGGUCCAACGGACGCAAGGUCUUUCUCGUCCUGUGAGAUUGAGAGCUAAAAUAGUAUAAUGUGAUUCCUUUUUUUGUCUGAUAUAUCAUCGCAAAAUUUCGGUCGUCCGGGGACUACUACUAUACAAUAGGGAAUGAACCUUUUUGCGGUUAUUUUAGUCGAUUUAUAUCUUCUUGAUAGUGUAUAGGAGGUAAGCCAAGUUAUAGACACACUUUUACUAUUGAUUGAGUUUAGGAAUUAAUUAGAGUUUGCUAACAUUUUCCACGUCCGUGGCCGUUCGCGUGGCUGUGUGAUUGGAAUUGAGCGAGUGGGAGGACACAAUUAAUGAACGUGACAAUUAGUUUUUGCCAGAGACCGUUGAGGUUGAGUGGUCUUUUGCGGACGAUGUGUUGAAAGACAUGAAAAUAUUUGCCAGGAGUAGAAAGAAAGUCAUCGAUAAUAAAUGCAAGAAUCCCGAACAAGGAGAGUCCACAUACAGUGUUUGGCAAUAUAUUUGCAAUUUUUUUGAUUUUCCAUUCAAAAAGAUCGACUUUAGUAGUCUAGAUCUCAGUUAUUUAUGGACCGAUUUGAAUGAAAUAUUCACUGCACGCCAGAUAUAACUUGAACUUCAACCAGUAGCGAUGUUAGGGGGUGCGGUCCGCACCGGGAUCUGGGCCAAAUUCUCCGAACUAAACCGACUUAAACAGCUCUUUUCGACAUAGUUAAACAAUUUUGGGUAUGAAUCAUAGAUUUUUUUAUUGUUCAACAAGAUUCCUUUCAAAGAACUCGUGUUUGGAAAAACCACUCAAUAACAUAUGGUGAAAUUCAAAUCAUGUCGGAAGAACUGUGAAAAUUUUAUUCAAAUUGGUUCAUCAAUAACUCAUAUCUAAUCCUCCGAAGAUGACCAUAUUGUUUGGAAAAUCGAAAAAGUUGCAAAUGUAUUGUCCAGUACUGUAGCUGCGAUAAAACGAAGCCAGAAUGAACGAUCGCAAUGUACAUACAAAAGCGUAAGCACACUAGAAUAUUUUCCCUCCCCCAUCCAAUAAGAGAUGGCCCGAACGCGUGCAGGAAUGCCCACUAAAGGUGAGAGGGGCAAUUUUACCAAUUAGCACAAGCGGAAAUGUUCCUAACCUCUCUCCGGGGUUAUCACACGAGAGCUGAGAGGUCACGAGCGUGUGUUAGGUCAGUAGUAGAACCAGUUUCGCGAUCCUGACAGCAGGCCAUCGACAGGACCGAACCAAAAAAAAAAGGAAAUUG